CGUUGGUCUUCUUGAACCUCAGAAGAUAGGGGAACCACAUCCUGGUCUCACCCACCCACCCUCGUGUUAGCAGCCAUGAAGCUCUCAACCUCCAUCUGGUGACCCUGGCCACAAGUAGUAGGUUGUUCUUCGCCCAGAGCUUACCCCUCAGAUCCCCCUCGCCAACUGGAAUGCCCUCUGACAUGCCCCGGAUGCUGUUGCUCAUCUUUAUCAUGGUCCAUCCAGGAUCCUGUGCUCUCCGGGUGUUCCAGCCCCCUGAGAUUCAUAUCCAGGAGGGCACCGCUGCUUUCUUGCCCUGCUCCUUCAAUGCCAGCCGAGGGAGACUGGCCAUUGGCUCUGUCACGUGGUACCGGGACAAGGUGGACCCAGGGAAGGAAGUGAGGAACGAGACGCCAGAAUUCAGGGGCCGCCUGGCUCCUCUUGCCUCUUCCCGUUUCCUCUGUGACCACCAGGCUGAGCUGCACAUCUGGGAUACCCGAGACUGUGACACUGGAGUCUACGUGUGCAGGGUGGAGGUGCUGGGUCUUGGUGCUGGAACAGGGAAUGGGACUCUGCUGGUGGUAGAGAAAGGACCUCACUGGCUAGGGGCCAGCACAGUCCUCCUCCUUCGGGCUGCAUUCUAUGCCUUCAGCUUUAUCUCUGUGGCCAUGGGCAGCACCAUCUAUUACCAAGGCAAAUGCCACUGUCACCCGGGAACAUGCUGCCACUCCUCAGAGGGCCUCUGAUGAGUGAUUCCAGACCCCAGCCAUCCCAACUCUCUUCAGGAGACCCCAAUAAAUCCUUUUCUGCCUC